AUGCCAGUGACACCCAAGCACUUUUACAGCAGGGGUGAUAGUGCAGGUUCCAACUCAACAGAAGGAAGGUGGCCCUCACCUAAAUUUAGAUCCGACAAGGAAGUGCCACCUAGUUUGAUGUCAGAGCCAUUGAGUGCACCUCCGUCUGGCUUCUCUCAGCCGAAAACAACAUCUUCAGGCUUGAAGCCUCCUGUUCAUCGGCCAACGGCAAAAUGCAUUCCAACUCGCUUCAAAGCCUGUCUGAUGAAGAUGCAGGACCGGUGGCGGCAUGAGGAUUUUCCAUCUGCCAAGCAGGUCCUGUUGUCCAACAGAUCUUCAUCAGAUUUGACUGCUGCUGCGGCUUUGAUUUCCCUGCCAACAUCCAUGGAUGACAAGUGCCACGCCUGGGUGGAAUCCAUUUCAGGUUUGAAUCAGCCUUCACUAGGUUCUGCUAAAGCCUCAGGUAGAAAAAUAGGACUUGUGGAUUACUCCCCUUCAUCCAAUAGUACCUGCAGUUCAAGUAUUUCUAAAAUCACUGACACUGGCAAGAAUCUGACACAGUUGGGUAACCAGCCAUCUGCUAAGCAAGCUCUGUUGCCCAAAGUGGUCUUGUCAGCUGCUGCAUGCAUUCAGAGUGACUGUGAAAAUCGAAUCAGCAAGACCAUUGGAGAGUCUGCACCACCACUUUCAUCGGAAAACUCCCCUUUAAAAUCUGUGGUCAGGUCUUUAAGUUUUGAUGAGGGGAAGGAAUGUAACAGAAAGAGUACAAAGUUGGCUCUUGUGGAUACAUCCUCUAAAAUCCUACCAGCUCCUCAAGCUCCACGUGUUGGUCUACCCCGACCCAAAGCCAAUGGAUCCAAGGUGUCAACUGAUUCCUCGGAAAAGUCUCUACCUCAUCCAAAAUCUGAGAAAAGAAAUACCUGUGACUUGGAGGGGACAUUCUUACCACCUAAAAGAUUCCAAGUGUCAGCUAAUCCCUCAGGAAACUCUCCACCUCAUUGUUUAGCUCCACGUGUUGGUCUACCCCGACCCAAAGCCAGUACCGAAAGAUCCAAGGUGUCAACCAAUUCCUCGGAAAACUCUCCACCUCAUUCUGCAAAAAGAAAUGCCUGUGACUCUCAGGGGACUCCCUCACCUCCUAAAAGGAUACCGACACCAGCUAAACCCUCAGAAAACUCUCCACCUCAUGUGAUUAGAAAUAGCUGUGAUUCACAAGGGACUGUCUUACCCUCAACUCGAGCUGUGUUGGUGAAUAUGGGACAACUUAGACCCUUGCCUCAAUCAGAAACAGGUGCUAGUAGGUUCAACAAGCCUUUGCCCUCAACCAAAACCUCAACAAGCAAUUCUGCAUCAUCUCAACGCCAUCUUAGAAACAGAACGUCCAAAGUAACCUAUGGACUAACACCAACUUCUGAUGAUAGUUCAGAUGAUUUAUUUAUUGGUUCUGAUGAUGAUGAUCCCUCAUGGAUUGUGGGGAACUUUGGUCCAAACACUGACUUCACAAAUUGUAAUGGAGAUGACACAGAUGAUAAUGAAAGCAGUUCAGGAAAUGAAGGCACCUCUGAAGUACCUAGUCAUAGAGGUUCUGCAGUUGAUGCUAGUUUUGAAGAAAUGCCUGAUGAGCCAUCUUCACCCCCACCGAAGAUAACUAAGAAACAGCUAAGAGCUGCUCGCAAAGCCAAGCGAAAUAGUGGUCAAGCUUAUGUGUCUGGUGAAGGUGUAUCAGUCAGUGCAAGGCAACGAAAAGCUGUUCACAAGUGUAAACGUCUGAAAUGUCAGAACAUCAUUACUAAUGAAAUUGGUGACGCUAUAUUUUCUGAGUAUUGGGCUAUGGGUAGUUACGAAAAGCGAGUGAACUACAUCUGCUCCAGAGUUCAAACUGAAAGAAUUCAGCGCUCCAGAAAAAGGUGGCAGGCUUCAAACCGGGGAAAGACAUAUUCAAACAAAUAUUUCUUUGACAUCAAAGGGAGUAGAUAUCAGGUUUGUAAAUCAACAUUCCUCGAUACACUUGGAGAAACAGAUACAUUUGUUCGCAUCUGCCUCAAGAAAAAAUCGGAGACUACAACUGGAAUUGGUCCCAAUGAACGUCGAGGGAAACAAACUCCUUCUCAUGCCUUGGCUGCAGACGUGAAGCAAAAAGUCUUGGAUCACAUUAAAUCUUAUCCUGCUUACGUGUCUCAUUACUGCAGGAAGCAGACAAAGCAAAAGUACCUAUCUUGUGAGUUGACUCUGAAGAAAAUGUGCAAUCAGUUCAAUGAAGAAAACAGAGCUUUGAAAGGGGCCGCCCCGACGGCCUUUCCUCCGCCUGAUCGACGUUUCUAG